CGUAGAACCCUAAAAAACCCUAAAACUUUCUCUUAGCAUAAACAACUUCUUCGUCUGCAUGUCUUGAACCUCACUCUAUCGUAGAAAUGACGAAGGUCUAUGGAACCGGCACGUACGAUUUCAAGCGCCACCGUGUGGCUGAGUACCCGGUGGAGUUGUCGAGUCAAGUCGCCGACAAGCCCAUCGAGUCGAAACCUGGUUCUACUUUGCCCAGCUCGAUCACCUUGUCAGAGAUUCAGCAAGACAGGUUGACGAAGAUUGCAACGGAGAACUGGAUUCAGACCGGAGGGAAGAAGCCGGAGAAGCCCUUCGAUCCGGUGCUGGUGAAGGAGAUUUACGACACGGAGCUGAAGGUGACGAGUGGUCGGAAACCGGUACCAUUGCAGCGAGUCAUGAUUCUGGAAGUUAGUCAGUACUUGGAGAACUAUCUGUGGCCGAAUUUCGAUCCGGAGACUGCCACUUUUGAGCACGUUAUGUCUAUGAUUCUGAUGAUUAACGAGAAGUUCCGGGAGAACGUGGCAGCUUGGACAUGCUUUCAUGAUCGAGAGGAUCUGUUCAAGAAAUUUCUUCGGAGGGUUCUGCGCCUUAAAGAGGGAAGGGACUUGACAAUUGCCGAGAAGACAAAUUAUUUGGUCUUCAUGAUUAAUGCUUUCCAGAGUUUGGAGGAUGAUAUUGUUAAUGAGACGGUUCUAAGUCUAGCAGGUUUAGAGUCUUGGCACAGUUUGUCAUAUGGACGUUUCCAGAUGGAGCUCUGCCUUCAACCUGAUCUUAUAAAAAAGUGGAGAAAAUUAUCGAAGAAGUGGGUCACUGAAGCAAAGAAACGGGGUGAGCAAUUUGAUCCAUCAUCAUCUCUUGAGGCAAAUUUUGUCCGAGGUUUAAUAGAGGAGUUCAUUGAGGUGCUUGAUCAUGAGGUUUUUGGAAAUGAGGGUGAUGGUGCUAUGGGAAUUCAGUCAGUUGAUGAUGCCUGUAUUUUAUACUGCGAGAGGUUCAUGGAAUUUCUCAUUGAUUUGCUGAACCAACUGCCAACAAGGAGGUACCUAAGGCCUAUUGUGGGCGAUGUAGCAGUUGUUGCCAAGUGCAGACUGAGUGCCCUAUACAGGCAUGAAAAGGGGAAACUUUUCGCCCAACUGGUUGACUUAUUACAGUUUUACGAAAAGUUUGAGAUCAAGGACCAUGAUGGAACACAGUUAACUGAUGAUGAAGCACUUCAAUUUCAUUAUGACCGGUUUUUCGCCUUUCAGCUACUUGCUUUUAAGAAAAUCCCUAAGUUGCAAGAACUUGCUCUGGCUAACAUUGGUUCAGUUCACAAGAGUGCUGAUCUUCGGAGGAGAUUGUCUGGGCUUACUCUUGAAGAGUUGAAGGACGUGGUCUGUGCUAAGCUCAAACUGCUUUCAAAACAUGAUCCUUGGGCAAACAAUAAGAAUUUUCUUACUGAGGUCGUCAUCUCCUUUUUUGAGAAGCAACAGUCCCAGAAAGAAGCCAUAAAUGCUCUUCCAUUGUACCCAAAUGAGCAGAUUAUGUGGGAUGAAAGUGUUAUUCCAAGCAUUAAUUAUUCCGGGGAAGGUUGUCUUGCUCUUCCGAAGCUUAAUCUACAGUUUCUAACUCUCCAUGAUUAUCUUCUUCGAAAUUUCAAUCUCUUCCGACUUGAAUCUACAUACGAGAUUCGUGAAGAUAUACAGGAAUCUGUACCACAUCUUCUUGCACACAUAAAUAAUGAGGGAGAAACUGCUUUUCGUGGUUGGUCACGGAUGGCAGUACCCAUUAAGGAAUUCAAGAUUACAGAGGUGAAGCAGCCUAAUAUCGGAGAAGAGAAGCCUUCAUCUGUGACUGCAGAAGUUACUUUCAGCAUUAGGAGUUACAGAUCACAGAUAAGAUCUGAAUGGGAUGCCCUUAAGGAGCACGAUGUAUUGUUUUUGCUGUCUAUUCGUCCCUCAUUUGAGCCACUGAGUGCAGACGAAGCUGCCAAAGCUACAGUCCCACAGAGGCUUGGACUUCAGUAUGUUCGAGGAUGUGAAAUCAUUGAAAUCCGUGACGAGGAGGGUAAUCUGAUGAAUGAUUUUAGUGGAAGAGUUAAACGAGAAGAGUGGAAGCCCCCAAAAGGUGAAUUCCGAACUGUGACCAUCGCUUUGGAUACUGCACAGUAUCACAUAGAUGUUACAGAUAUCGCGGAGAAAGGUGCUGAGGAUGUUUAUAGCACAUUUAAUGUUUUAGUGAGGAGGAAACCAAAGGAGAAUAACUUCAAGGCUAUUCUGGAAUCCAUCAGAGAUCUCAUGAAUGAAUAUUGUGUUGUUCCGGAUUGGUUGCAUAAUGUAUUCCUCGGUUACGGGAACCCAUCUGCUGCCCAGUGGGCUAAUAUGCCAGACCUUCUGGAGUCUGUGGACUUCAAAGAUACUUUCCUUGAUGCAGAUCAUCUCAGAGAAAGCUUUUCAAAUUAUGAGGUAUCAUUUACAAAUCCUGAUGGUUCCGAAAAUUUGGAGCCGAGGCCUCCUUUUCGGAUCAAUCUUCCAAAGACUCUAAAGGGCAAUGCAAAUGCUGUCCCUGGAAAUAAGGUAUCUGAAGCUAAUCCUGCGCAUGAUGUUGAUAUGGUGGGUGCUUCCUCUAAGGAGAAAUUCAUUGUUGAGACGUAUAUUCCACCCGACCCUGGGCCUUAUCCUCAAGAUCAGCCGAAGCAAAACUCUGUUAGAUUCACACCUACACAGGUGGGAGCGAUUAUCUCUGGUAUUCAGCCUGGACUUACUAUGGUGGUUGGUCCACCAGGUACUGGAAAGACUGACACUGCAGUGCAGAUCUUGAAUGUUCUAUAUCACAACUGCCCUUCUCAAAGAACUUUAAUUAUCACUCAUUCAAAUCAGGCACUGAAUGAUCUUUUUGAGAAGAUUAUGGAGAGGGAUGUGCCGGCACGUUAUCUACUUCGUCUAGGUCAAGGUGAACAAGAGCUUGCGACUGAUCUUGACUUUAGCAGGCAAGGCCGUGUGAAUGCAAUGCUUGUUAGGCGUCUAGAACUGCUUAGCGAGGUUGAGAGAUUAGCAAGGUCUCUUCAGCUUCCAGAGGAUGUAGGUUAUACUUGUGAAACAGCUGGGUAUUUCUGGUUGCUUCAUGUCUACUCUCGUUGGGAGCAAUUCCUUGCUGCUUGUGCCGGAAAUGAAGACAAACCGUCUUUUGUCCAAGACCGCUUCCCAUUCAAAGAAUUCUUCUCAGACACCCCUAAGCCUGUUUUUUCUGGGGACUCAUUUGAGAAAGACAUGAGGGCAGCUAAAGGUUGUUUUCGACAUCUCAAGACCAUGUUCCAAGAGCUAGAAGAAUGUAGAGCCUUUGAACUACUCAAGUCAACUGCUGACCGAGCUCAUUAUCUGAUGACCAAGCAAGCGAAGAUUGUGGCAAUGACUUGUACUCAUGCGGCACUGAAGAGGAGAGAUUUUCUGCAGUUGGGCUUUAAGUAUGAUAACUUAUUGAUGGAAGAAAGUGCUCAGAUUUUGGAAAUCGAAACUUUCAUUCCCAUGUUGCUGCAGAAGCAGGAAGAUGGUCAUGCACGGCUUAAACGUUGUAUACUGAUUGGUGAUCACCACCAGCUGCCUCCUGUAGUGAAGAACAUGGCUUUCCAGAAGUACAGUCACAUGGAUCAGAGUUUGUUUACAAGGUUUGUUCGUCUUGGUAUUCCUUAUAUUGAGCUCAAUGCUCAAGGUAGAGCCAGGCCAAGCUUGGCCAAACUCUACAACUGGAGGUACCGAGAUUUAGGAGACCUUCCUUUCGUGAAGGAAGCACCCAUCUUUCAUAGAGCAAAUGCUGGGUUCUCAUAUGAAUAUCAAUUGGUGGAUGUGCCUGAUUACGAGGGAAGAGGAGAAUCCACACCUUCUCCAUGGUUUUAUCAAAAUCAAGGAGAAGCUGAGUAUAUUGUCAGUGUCUAUAUAUACAUGCGAUUGUUAGGCUACCCUGCAAAUAAGAUAUCAAUUUUGACAACCUAUAAUGGGCAGAAGCUCCUAAUCCGUGAUGUCAUCAAUCGUCGAUGUGCUCCAUAUCCUUUCAUUGGUCCUCCCAGUAAGGUGACAACAGUUGACAAGUUCCAAGGACAGCAAAAUGAUUUUAUUUUGCUUUCUCUCGUACGUUCACGCUUUGUGGGUCAUCUUCGCGAUGUUCGGAGGUUGGUGGUUGCCAUGUCCCGUGCUCGGCUUGGUCUGUAUGUGUUUUGCCGCCGUUCUCUCUUCGAACAGUGCUAUGAGCUUCAGCCCACAUUUCAACUUCUUCUCAAGAGACCUGACCAGCUUGCCCUAAACUUGACUGAGAACACAUCAUUCACCGAGCGUGCUGUUCAAGACGUCGGGAAUCCUUACAUUGUACGUGAUCUAGAGGAGAUGGCACACAUUAUCCACGAUAGGAUGAAUCAGUUAUAUCAGGCACAAUACCAACAUUACACUCCAUACACAGAAGAUGGUGUCAUUGAGGACGGUGACAUGGAAACUGAAUCGGUGCCUCCUGUAGAUGGUCCUUCUGAGGACACCGAUGAUCGCAAGACCCGGCCAGAUCGAGCUGCAGACUCGGAUGGUGUGGUUGAUGGUACAAAAGAUGAAACAACUGAGGAAAGAGUCGAUAUGGAUAUAGAAAAUGGGUCAAGCAGUGAAAACAAUGUACCGCCUGAGAAUGGGAAGGCCGAUGAAAGCUAAAGCAGAGAAAGGACGGAUUCUCCUGCUUAUUCAAGCCCUCGAAAAAACAAGGACAGGACCUGUGAACUUACAACCUUCCACUUAGAGGCCAAAACUUGGGGAAGAUAAGUUUGGAGCAUGGAAAGACAGAUUGUGAUCACAAAAUGAAGUGGUAAACGCUUAUAUGGCUGAAGUUUCAGUUUGGAUGGUUUAUUAUGGUAUUUCCUCCUGAAUGAUAGAACCAUUUAAAAUUGUAAUGUCCAGUUCGAACUCAGCAGCUUCAGUAUUAAUGUCUCUAUGACGAAACAUUUGGACUUGGCUCUUUUAUGUUAUAUGCAAGUUCAUCUGACCUUGAAGUUGUAAACCACCUCCCUAGAAUAUGGUAUUUGACGCCUCAUGAGCUCUUGCCCUGUC